AUGGAUAAAACACUCACAGACGAUGACGUUUUAGCAGAACUGUGCAAAUCGGAGCCAGAUUCUGUCCAUAAUCAGGAAAACGUGACUAAUGACUUUGAGGAUAAUGCAGAUAGUGAAUGUGAAAUUCACUGUAUGAAGGAAGAUGAUGUCCUGCCUGACGUAUUUUCACCCGAUGCGUCAGAAGACGAGUACGUGCCCCAUUCAGAUGAUGAGGAUGAGGAUGAAGAAACACCAACCAUGGACGAAAAAAGAAGAAAAGUUUUUAAUGAAAAUCUGCAGCCUGGGACUUCCAUUGCAGGUCAGACUGUGCCAGAAAGAGAAAAGGAAGGAAUACAAGCAAGAUUUGAGUUUUUGAUAAACACACUGAGAUUUGAUGAAAGGUCAACUCGAGAUGCUCGGAAAGAGACUGACCCUCUUGCACCGAUUCGAGAAGUUUGGGACAAAUUUAUUGAACACUGCAAAGUGUAUUACAUACCCGGGCCCUAUUGUUGUAUUGAUGAACAGCUCCUUGCUUUUAGGGGAAAUACACAGUUUCGCAUGUACAUACCUAACAAACCUGCGAAAUAUGGUUUAAAGCUAGUCAUGCUCUGCAACUCUAAUGGCUACUUGAUCAAUGCCAUUCCCUAUACUGGGAAAAAAAUGGACACUGGACGACAACCGCAGGCUUAUUAUUUUGUAGAUAAACUGUCAGACACUAUACGUGGCAGCAAUAGAAAUAUUACCGUAGAUAAUUGGUUUAGUUCAGUUCCACUGUUCAAUGAUAUGCUGAGUAAGUACAACUUGACAAUGGUCGGAACAUUACGCAAAAACAAACCUCAUAUACCAUCAGUAAUGUUGCAAUCUAAACCUGCGGAAAUGACAAUGUUUGCUUUUGAUAGAGAAUUGACCAUGGUGUCUUUUGCACCUAAGAAAAAGAAGAAUGUAAUCCUUCUGUCAAAUAUGCACCAGGGAUAUUCCAUGCAAAAGGAUACUAAGCUACCGGAGAUCAUUCACUUCUACAACAGCACUAAAGGAGGAGUUGAUUUAUUGGACCAAAUGUCAGCUCAAUACUCUUGCAGUAGGAAGACAAGAAGGUGGCCGAUGUGCCUAUUUUAUGGGAUCCUGAAUAGUACAUGUGUAAAUUCAUAUCUAAUCUACAAGGAAAAUAUGUUCCUGAAGCAGUUGGAGCUCAUAAACUUUGAUAUUGGUAAAUACUUUCAUAGGCACCUGGCUCGGUGUGAGAACAUUGAAACUCUGCUCUUGGUCCCCACUUAUUAUGAAGUUGAGUUUGAAGGUACCAACCACCAGCUUGUGUUUGAUAGACCCCCACCCCGUUUGUGA